GUACCGACCUCCGUAACAUCCGAACGCCUGCAAGAUCCCGAUCCUGUCACUUCUCACACGAGCCAAUCAACAGAAACAAGAGGCAGGCUGUAAGGUUACAGGCAGGUAGCCAGAUUUACUGAAUUCCUUGAGAAACUUUAGUCGUGGGGAUGCUUUCACUAGGUAGACUCCAACGUUAAUGUACGCGCGACUGAAGUUUCCUAUUUAUUUACCUCCUCAGGCGCAAUGCUUGAACUACACGUCUGGGGUCCGGCGUUCGGCCUCCCUUCAAUUGACGCCCAUUGUCUUGCAGCAAUCGCAUACUUGCAGCAAGCAGUUCCGCGUGGAAAAUGGCAACUUAUCGCAAGCAGUGAUCCAGGCUUAAGCCCCUCUAAAACCCUGCCUGCCUUGCGCAGUGGUGACGUAUGGAUCAGUGGUUUCCGCAACAUCUUCCACUAUGUUGCGCAGUUCUCUGCGGGUGAAUGGAUACUUGAUGCUGGACUACUAGAGCAGGAGAGUGCGGAUUGUAUCGCAUUCUCCUCAUUCGUAGACUUUCACGGACAACCCCUCCUCGACCUCUCCCUCUAUGUCUCCUCCCAAAACUACACCACCGCUACCCGCCCUCUCUACAAUACUAUCCAACCCUUCCCCCUCCCGUACAUCACCCCACCAGCUAUUCGGGCCGCGUCUAAACUCCGCUCCUCUCACCUUGGCCUCUCUUCUCUAGAUAUCGACCUCGAUGCUCAAGAAACAACCGAACCAUCCAUCAUCCCCGAUAGCUUACGCCGGCCCAAGAACACAGUUUCCAGCCUCCUCGCCGCAUCCCCAGAAGCAUCUGCACAGAUCCGACUCACCGCUCUCGCGACGGAUUUCCUCGAACCGCUUCACCACCUCCGUGGAGACAAAGCCUUCUUCGUCUCAGCUACGCAGUUCUCGAGUCUAGAUUGUUUGGCUCUAGGAUAUUUAGCACUGAUACUGGUCCCUGAACUGCCACAACCGUGGCUAUCUCGUACUAUGCGGCACAAAUUCCCCGGCUUGUGUACCUGGACAGAGGAGAUGUGCAAGAUGGUGUAUGGAAAGGAAAAAGCUACUCUGGAAGACGCAUUUCUUGUCUCGGGCAAUGAUUCGGAAUUAGAUGCGCGGCUGAAGAGACUGAGGGGUCGGAGUCACCUCCCCUGGAAACCGCCGUAUGAUAGAGGGGCGUUGAAUGUUAGUGGGGUGUUUCUGUCGAGUCUUGUGGAGUCGAUACCGGUCCUAGGGCAGCUGACUAUGACUACGAGGGUGAAACGUUAUAGUAAGACGAAGGAGAAUGAGGUGCAGAAUUCGUCGUCGGUGACGUAUUAGGGUCUGCUUUAAAAAGUGUGAUUACAAGUUGUAGGAUAGGUAUAAAGUAUAUGUUACACAUAGGUAUUGUGUCAGUCAAACGUGAAAGGUCAUAGAGUAAGAGGGAGAUAAAGAGACACGGUGAUCUUAGAUACCCUGAGAAGACGCAAGGUUGUAUGGUAUCGGACGGAUUCGAUACGUUAGACACAAGAGCUAUUAAGAGUGAGCUGUCUAGCGAGCCGGUUGUAGAAGUUGAGGCUGGUAGUAGUAUAGCAAGGAGUACAGAGACAGGAGAUUAACAUAAAGAUAUGAAGGGAC